GGCUGGGCGGCUCGGGAGCCCGAGCGGUGGCUGAGCGGCGAGCAGCGAGCAGCGCCUGCGGGAGCGGCCGGUCGGUCGGGUCCCCGCGCCCCGCACGCCCGCACGCCCAGCCGGGCCCGCAUUGAGCAUGGGCGCGGCGGCUGUGCGCUGGCACUUGUACGUGCUGCUGGCCCUGGGCGCGCGCGGGCGCCUGGCGGGGGGCAGCGGGCUCCCAGGGUCAGUCGACGUGGACGAAUGCUCGGAGGGCACGGACGACUGCCACAUCGAUGCCAUCUGUCAGAACACGCCCAAGUCCUACAAAUGCCUCUGCAAGCCAGGCUACAAGGGGGAAGGCAGGCAGUGUGAAGACAUUGAUGAGUGUGAGAAUGACUACUACAAUGGGGGCUGUGUCCACGAGUGCAUCAACAUCCCAGGGAACUACAGGUGCACCUGCUUUGAUGGCUUCAUGCUGGCACACGAUGGACACAACUGCCUGGAUGUGGACGAGUGUCAGGACAAUAAUGGUGGCUGCCAGCAGAUCUGCGUCAACACCAUGGGCAGCUAUGAGUGUCAGUGCCACAGUGGCUUCUUCCUUAGUGACAACCAGCAUACCUGCAUCCACCGCUCCAACGAGGGUAUGAACUGCAUGAAUAAAGACCAUGGCUGUGCCCACAUCUGCCGGGAGACGCCCAAAGGUGGGGUGGCUUGCGACUGCAGGCCCGGCUUUGACCUUGCCCAAAACCAGAAGGACUGCACACUAACCUGUAACUAUGGAAACGGAGGCUGCCAGCACAGCUGUGAGGACACAGACACGGGCCCCAUGUGUGGCUGCCACCAGAAGUACGCCCUCCACUCAGACGGUCGCACGUGCAUCGAGAAGGAUGAGGCUGCAAUUGAGCGCUCUCAGUUCAAUGCCACGUCAGUAGCUGAUGUGGACAAGCGGGUGAAACGGCGGCUACUCAUGGAGACGUGUGCGGUCAAUAACGGAGGCUGCGACCGGACUUGCAAGGACACGGCCACUGGCGUGCGAUGUAGCUGCCCUGUUGGAUUCACGCUGCAGCCAGACGGGAAGACAUGCAAAGAUAUCAACGAGUGCCUGGUCAACAACGGGGGCUGCGACCACUUCUGCCGCAACACUGUGGGCAGCUUCGAGUGCAGCUGUCGGAAGGGCUACAAGCUGCUCACGGACGAGCGCACCUGCCAGGACAUCGAUGAGUGCUCCUUCGAGCGGACCUGUGACCACGUCUGCACCAACUCCCCGGGCAGCUUCCAGUGCCUGUGUCACCGCGGCUACAUCCUCUACGGGACGACCCACUGCGGAGAUGUGGACGAGUGCAGCGUGGACAACGGGAGCUGUGGCCAGGGCUGUGUCAAUACCAAGGGCAGCUAUGAGUGUUCCUGUCCCCCGGGGAGGCGGCUCCACUGGAACCGGAAGGACUGCAUGGAGACAGGCAGGUGCCUUUCUCGGGCCAAGACCUCGCCGCGGGCCCAGCUUUCCUGCAGCAAAGUGGGCGGUGUGGAGAGCUGCUUCCUUUCCUGCCCGGCCCACACGCUCUUCAUGCCAGACUCGGAAAACAGCUACAUCCUGAGCUGCGGCGUUCCAGGGCUGCAGGGCAAGGCGCUGCAGAAACGCAACGGCACCAGCUCUGGCCUCGGGCCCAGCUGCUCAGAUGCCCCCACCACCCCCAUCAAACAGAAAGCCCGCUUCAAGAUCCGAGAUGCCAAGUGCCACCUCCAGCCCCACAGGCAGGCACGAGCAAAGGAGACCACCAGGCAGCCGCUGCUGGACCACUGCCACGUGACUUUCGUGACCCUCAAGUGUGACUCCUCCAAGAAGAGGCGCCGUGGCCGCAAGUCCCCAUCCAAGGAGCUGUCCCACAUCACAGCAGAGUUUGAGAUCGAGACCAGGAUGGAAGAGGCCUCAGACACGUGUGAAGCGGACUGCUUGCGGAAGCGAGCGGAACAGAGCUUGCAGGCUGCCAUCAAGACCCUGCGGAAGACCAUCGGCCGGCAACACUUCUACGUCCAGGUCUCAGGCACUGAGUACGAGGUAGCCCAGAGGCCAGCCAAGGCCCUGGAGGGGCAGGGGACGUGCAGCGCAGGCCAGGUGCUACAGGACAGCAAAUGCGUUGCCUGCGGGCCUGGCACCCACUUCAGCGGUGAGCUCGGCCAGUGUGUGCCAUGUGUGCCAGGGACAUACCAGGACAGAGAAGGCCAGCUCAGUUGCACACCGUGCCCCAGCAGCGACGGGCUUAGUCUGGCUGGUGCCCGCAACGUGGCGGAAUGCGGAGGCCAGUGCCCUCCAGGGUUCUUCUCGGCCGAUGGCUUCAAGCCCUGCCAGGCCUGCCCCAUGGGCACAUACCAGCCCGAGCCCGGGCGCACCGGCUGCUUCCCCUGCGGAGGGGAUUUGCUUACCAAGCACGAAGGCACUACCUCCUUCCAGGACUGUGAGGCUAAAGUGCACUGCUCCCCCGGCCACCACUACAACACCACCACCCACCGCUGCGUCCGCUGCCCGGUUGGCACCUACCAGCCAGAGUUUGGCCAGAACCACUGCAUCACCUGUCCAGGCAACACCAGCACGGACUUCGAUGGCUCCACCAACGUCACACACUGCAAAAACCAGCACUGUGGUGGCGAGCUUGGUGACUACACAGGCUACAUUGAGUCCCCCAACUACCCUGGAGACUACCCGGCCAACGCAGAAUGCGUCUGGCACAUCGCGCCGCCCCCGAAGCGCAGGAUCCUCAUCGUGGUCCCCGAGAUCUUCCUGCCCAUCGAGGAUGAGUGUGGUGAUGUUCUGGUCAUGAGGAAGAACGCCUCGCCCACGUCCGUCACCACCUACGAGACCUGCCAGACCUAUGAGAGGCCCAUCGCCUUCACCUCCCGCUCCCGGAAGCUCUGGAUCCAGUUCAAAUCCAAUGAAGGCAACAGUGGCAAAGGCUUCCAAGUGCCCUACGUGACCUACGAUGAGGACUACCAGCAGCUCAUAGAGGACAUCGUGCGCGAUGGGCGCCUAUACGCCUCGGAGAACCACCAGGAGAUUUUGAAAGACAAGAAGCUGAUCAAGGCCCUGUUUGACGUGCUGGCCCAUCCCCAGAACUACUUCAAGUACACAGCCCAGGAGUCCAAGGAGAUGUUCCCACGGUCCUUCAUCAAACUGCUGCGCUCCAAAGUGUCUCGGUUCCUUCGGCCCUACAAAUAACCGGGGGGGAGUGGCCCUGCCUGGGGCUGGCCUGGUCCAUGGAGGGGGCACCUGCCCUCCACAUCGGGAGCUGCACAGGCCUCCACAUCGCCUUGGGAACCCCAUGGCACUCCCCUUCAGGGAAGCCGACCAGCCCGUGGAGACCGAGCCCAGGUACCCUUCGGACCCACCACCCCAGUGGGAGCACCCUGCUUCAGGAAGCCUCCCUCCCUCCCUCCGCCUCCUUCCUAGGACACCAAGAGCGCCCUCUCCUGAGUCCUGGCGGACCAACUGCAAGUAGCAGGAUUGCGGGACCCUCCGCCUGGCGUUUCAGGAUCCGGAAGGUGUGGUCAUCCGAGACAGGAGGCCCGGUGGAGGGAGAGGGGCCAAGGCGCCAUCGGGGGAGGUGGACGAGCCCGUGCCAGCAUUCUCGGGCCCCACGCUCUGCCAACUCCUCCAACCACAGGCAAGGCCACCGCUCCAGGCUGUUGGGCUCCCAGGAUUCUGUGAUGGGGCGGAACAGAGCUGCUAGGGGAGGAGACUGUAGGUUUCUGCUUUCCUUCGACAGAACAUUUAAUGAAGUACUCUCUCUGUAUAUAUAAAUAUAAAUAUAAAAUAUAUAUAUAUACUUCUAUUUGUGGGUACUUUAGGAAAAUGCUCUUUGGUCACUGUAAACAUGAAUCGUGACCUCAUCCCUUCCCGCAUGAGCCCAGUGAGUCCCAGCAGCUCUAAGCCUCCCUGGAUGAUUAAACAACUCCUCCCAGC